AAGACAUUUGCGAAACAAUUUGAGGUAUGGCAACUUCAUCUGUAAAAUUAGACUCGUCUGCACCGUCAACAGUUGCAGCUGUAGCCAUCGUUAGUACUCCGAAAACUCUUGUUGCUGUCAAUGAUCCCAUAAACGAGGAAGUCGUCGCCACUCCUGUAGUCGAACUGAGUUCUCCAAUGGAUAUACCCGAACCUGCCGCAUUACCUGAUCCAGUCACACCUCUACCACCUGCAGCGGAGACUCCAGUGACGGUUACAGAAGCUGCCGUGAAGGUGGAAAUAUCAAAAACUGUCGUGAAGCCUACAGUAGAGUCACCAGAAGUGAAAAACUCUACUCUAACUGCCGAUCUACCGGCAUGUGUUGAGAAAGUCGCAAUUUUAGUUGAUGCUGUCGAUACUCAAGCAGCCCAACUUCCAGAUAAAACACCCGAACCUGCCGUUGAACAGGUUUCAGAAGCUUCGGUUCCAGACAAAGUAGUCUCAGUUCCAGCAGCAGAAGCUUACGUGGAGACUUCAAUUGCCGAACCAAAACUGGAAGCACCAUUAUCUGUCGUCGUACCGACUCCAGUUGACGUCGUAGCACCACAUAUCGUGGAGACUUUACCGGAAAUACCUCCAGCUCAUAAAGUUGCACCACCAAAUCUUGUCGAGCCUCCAGCCGUACCACCACUAGUGGAAACACCCGACCCAGCCGCCGUGAAGACUCCUGUAGCACAACCUUCAGUGGAAACAGUGGUACCGGCUGUUGCAUCGGUUCCUGUUCAGAUAGUCGCACCUCCAGUAGCUGCUGCCGAGACUCCAGCAGUACCACCACCAGUGGAAACACCCGUACCAUCCGCCGCAGAGGUUACACUAGUUGUCGUGGAGACUCCAGUGGCACAACUUCCAGUGGCACAACUUCCAGAAACUGUGGUAUAUGCUAACGCAUCACCUCCAGUUGAGAAAGUAGUAGUUCCAAUAGCUGCUGUUCCAGCUGUACCACCACCAGUAAACACACUCUUACCUGCCGACACAGAGGCUCCCGUAGCUCUCGUGGAGACUCCUGUAGCACAACCUUCAGUGGAAACAGUUAUACCGGCUGUUUCAUCGGUUAAUGUUCAAAUAGUCGCACCUCCAGUAGCUGCUUCCGAGACUCCAGGUGUACCACCACUAGUGGAAACACCCGUAAAAGCCGCUGCAGUGGUUACAGAAGUUGCCGUGGAGACUCCAGUGGCACAACUUCCAGUAGAAACUGUGGUAUCUACCGACUCAUCGAUUCUAGAUGAGAAAGUAGUAGUUUCAGUCGCUGCUGCCGAGAUUACAGCUGUACCACCAUCAGUGGAAGCAGCCUUACCUGCCGCUGCAGAGACUCCAUUAGCUCUCGUGGAGACUCCUGUGCCGCAACCUUCAGUGGAAACAGUGGUACCGGAUGUUGCUUCAGAUCCUGUUCAGAUCGUCGCACCUCCAGUAGCUGCUGCCGAGACUACAGAUGUACCACCACCAGUAAACACACUCUUACCUGCCGACGCAAAGGUUUCAGUAGCACAACCUUCAGUGGAAACAGUGGUACCGGUUGUCGCAUCGGUUCCUGUGCAGAUAGUCGUACCUCCAGUAGCUGCUGCCGAACUUCCAGCCGUACCACCAUCGGUGGAAGCAGCCCUACCUGCUGCUAUCGAGACUCCAGCAGUACCACCACCAGUGGAAACACCCGUACCAGCCGCCGAAGAGGUUGCAGUAGAUUCCGUGGGGACUUCUGUGGCACAACUUCCAGUGGAAACAGUGGUACCUGCUGUCCCAUCGGUUCCAGAUGAGAAAGUAGUAGUUGUAGUCGCUGCUGCCGAGACUCCAGCUGUACCACCAUCAGUGGAAGCAGCCCUACCUGCCGCUGCAGAGAAUCCAGUAGGUCUCGUGGAGCUUCCUUUGACGCAACCAUUAGUGGAAACAGUUGUACCGGAUGUUGCUUCGGAUCCUGUUCAGAUCGUCGCACCUCCACUAGUUGCUGCCGAACCUUCAGCAGCAUCACAGCCAGUGGAAACACCUGUAACAGCUGCCGCAGAAGUUACAGCAGUUGCCGUGGAGACUCCAGUGGAAACAGUGGUAUCUGCUGACGCAUCGGUUCCAGUUGAGACAGUCGCACCUCCAUUAGCUGAUACCGAGACUCCAGCAGUACCACCACCAGUGGAAACACCCGUAAAAGCCGCCGCAGAGGUUACAGUAGAUUCCGUGGGGACUCCUGUGGCACAACUUCCAGUGGAAACAGUGGUACCUGCUGUCCCAUCGGUUCCAGAUGAGAAAGGAGUAGCUCCAAACGAUGUUAUCGACACUCCAGCUGUAUUACCAACAGUGGAAGCUGCCGUACCCGCCGCUGCAGAGACUCCAGUAGCUCUCGUGGAGACUCCUGUGCCGCAACCUCCAGUGGAAACAGUGGCACCGGCUGUUGCCUUGGUUCCUGUUCAGAUAGUCGCACCUCCAGUAGCUGCUGUCGAACUUCCAGCCGUACCACCACCAGUGGAAGCACCCGUACCAGCCGCCGCAGAAGUUUCUGUAGUUGCCGUGGAGACUCCAGUAGAAUCAGAGGUAUCUGCUGCUGCAUCUAUUCGUGUUCAGUUAGUCGAGCCUCCAGUAGCUGCUGUCGAGAUUCCAGCUGAACCACCACUAGUGGAAACACCCGUACCAGACGCGGCAGAGCUUACAGUACAAUCCGUGGAGACUCCAGUGGCACAACCUUCAGUGGAAACAGUGGUUCCAGCUGUUGCAUCGGUUCCUGAUCAGAUAGUUGCACCUCCACUAGCUGCUGCCGAACUUCCAACCGUACCACCCCCAGUGGAAGCAGCCGUACCUGAGGCUGCAGAGACUCCAGUAGGUGUCGUUGAGACUCUUGUGCCGCAACCUUCCGUGGAAACAGUGGUACCGGCUGUCGACUCGGUUCCUGUUCAGAUAGUCGCACCUCCAGUAGCUGCUGCCGAACCUUCAGCCGCAUCACAGCCAGUGGAAACACCUGUAACAGCUGCCGCAGAAGUUACAGCAGUUGCCGUGGAGACUCCAGUGGAAACAGUGGUACCUGCUGCCGCAUCGGUUUCAGCCAAACCACCACCGGUGGAAGCACACACACCUGCCGCCGCAGAGGUUCCAGUAGGUGUUGGGGAGUCUCCAGUGGCACAACCUAUAGUGCCAACUGUAGAGGACCCAAUAUCUCCCCCGGAGACUCAAGGAGCACCAGCAACAGAAGAAAACCCAGCUCUAGUAGCUGCCGUGAAGACUUCAGUAGCGGCACCAGCAGUGGAGAUUCCCGUAACUAAAAAUACUCCUGUUUCUGUUGAGACUGCUGUCGUGGAGGUUCCAGUAGCAUCACCAGUGGGGGACACAAUCGUAAAUUCUGUCCAAUCUUCAGGAACUGAUUUGGAUAUUGUCGUACCGUUUGAGAGUCCAAAAAGCGCUAUUGAUCAGAUUUCAGGUUCCAAUGCAGAAGCAGUACCAGUAGCAAAGAUAUAUUCAACCCGUAGGGAUCUGAAUACAACUGAUGUGUCACUAUUGGCGAUUGCGGCAACUUUGGAUGCAAUUGCAGAUAAGCUUAAGGAUCAAAGAGCUAGGAAUCAAGAAGUCAUUGAUCGGAUUUGCGAAAUAGAGAAGAUUUUGGGUAUGCCAAAGCAAUAACAGUUUUAAUAAUCGAAUACAAUACUUAAAACUAUCCUAUCGUUUAAUUAUGAGAAACUUAAUAAAUAAAGAACUAUUUAAUUUAAACUUUAAA